AUGGAUCUGGAAAAAAUCCUGAUGAAAGGGCGUGGUGAGGAUUUGUUCACUUGUGGUGCAACUAGUCUUUAUGGGAACAUCAAUUUGGUGUCUUGUUUAGAAGCAGUUGAUGGAAAUGACGUCCUUUUUAGGAUCAAAAGAAGCACGCAGUUGAAGAAGCUGAUGAAUGCCUAUUGUGAUCGCCAAUCUGUUGAGAUAAACUCAAUUGCCUUCUUGUUUGAUGGUCGUCGUCUUCGUGGAGAGCAAACUCCUGAUGAGCUGGACAUGGAGGAUGGGGAUGAGAUUGAUGCUAUGUUGCACCAAACUGGUGGUGCUGUGAAAACAAGUGAUUAUGCUUGAUGGAAAGCUAAUCUACUGGUGGAUGUAGGUGGUAGUGGGGUCUUGGGAUUGUUGUUAAUGGACAUAUUUAUGCUAGUCUUGUUUUGCUAAAUGAGCUCUCAUUAAGAGCUUUGACAGUGACUAAACUAUCUUAGUAGGAUUUGGAUUUGCAAUGUUUGGUUUGUUGGGACAUGGCUCCUCAUUC